AUAAGGAAUUGGAAAGACUGAAAAGAAAAAAGGAAGAAGAUGGAAAAGUGUGUGCGCUCAAGACUCGACGGGCCUGGCCCAUUUCUCAUUAUCUUUUUCUUCACAGAUCGAAAUAGUCCAACCGCUUCCGGCUUGGAGACCCCCCAAACCGGACGGUUCUGUCAAUCUCGAUGUGAUGAAGCCCGUCGAUCCUUCUGUACGUGAAAUUCUCUAUAACCCCGGAGAGUCGAGUUACAUAACCACCAAUAAAUAUUUGCGUCAAAGGUAUAAAGACAAACCGGAAGAUCGAUAUUACUUUCCGGAUUGCACGUAUUGGUUGCACGGUUGGCGUCUGGGUGAUCAUCCACCAGUGCCAGGGACAAAAGUCGGCCGAAAAUCGAUUAUCCGCGCAUGGUUUUAUCGACGUAACGGUGUGAACAUGAAACGCGACGAUCCGAAGCGAAGUCCUCAAUCGAUAAAUCCGAAAAAUUUCAACGAUCUACUUACAUACUGAAAUUGGCUAUUAAAGAACAAGAAGAAGAAGAAAAAAAACAAAACAAAAAAAACAUGAAACAGUGAAUUUUUGAGAGGAGGUAUGUCGUCGUCGAUCGUAGCAAAUUAACGCGACAGAAAUGUCAGGGUUACGAAAAAUUCAAGUAUUCAGCGAGGCUAGAAAGCCUUCGAGGGUUCACGAUCCUUGAACGGACCGAGAUAAAAACAC